GGGACGUUGACAAGUGGAUCCAAGAUGGCGUAGAAAGUAAUGACAGGAACUGGAUGAAGUCAUUGAUCACUAAUGAACUACAGUGCUGGUGAGAUGUGUAAGAAAUGUUGAAGAGCUCUGAUGGGCUAUUUGGGUGUUGCCCAGUGCAGUGAACUGCAGGAGUUUUGUCCCUGAGUCAUGGAAGACAGAAGCGCGGAGAAGUCAUGUGACCAAGCGUGUGAAUCACUGAAGAGGCAGGACUAUGAAAUGACCCUCAAGCACUGCACAGAGGCGCUCCGUGUCCUCGGCCAGUACUCCAUGGCGGACUGCACGGGGCCGUGUCCACUGGAGAUAGAAAGCAUCAAAAUCGAGAGUCUUCUUUAUAGGAUUGCCUCAUUUCUGCAACUGAAAAACUAUGGACAAGCUGAUGAAGAUUGUAGGCAUGUGCUGGGGGAAGGACUGGCCAACGGCGACGGGCCCUUCCAGGCAGUGCUCUGCUGUAUGCACCUGAAGGGGAAGCUCCAGCCUGUGUCCAACAUCCUCACCAAGUCACUGACGGGAGAGUCCUUGAAUGGGAUGGUAACGAAAGAUUUGACAAGACUAAAAACACUUCUCAUAGAAACAGAGACAGCAACUAGUAACGUCCUCUCUGGAUACCACGCAGAAGACUUAGAGGAGGGAUCUUGUAAUGGUUGGCAUUUCCGCCCGCCACCCAGGGGAGUCACCUGCAGUGAAGAAUAUACGUUGUGUAAAAGAUUUUUAGAGCAAGGAAUCUGUAGGUAUGGUGCCCAGUGUACUUCAGCACAUUCCCAGGAAGAACUAGCAGAAUGGCAGAAAAGAUAUGCUUCACGGUUAAUAAAGUUGAAACAACAGAAUGAGAACAAACAGCUGUCCGGCUCCUACAUGGAAACCCUGAUAGAAAAGUGGAUGAAUUCGUUGUCUCCUGAGAAAGUGCUUAGUGAAUGUAUAGAAGGAGUCAAAGUAGAGCAUAAUCCUGACCUCUCUGUUACUGUCAACACCAAAAAAUCUCACCAGACCUGGACCUUUGCUCUCACGUGUAAGCCUGCAAGAACACUUUGUCGUGUAGCAUUGCUCUACGACGCACAUCGCCCUCAUUUUAGUAUCGUUGCAAUAUCUGCUGGAGAUAGUACUACCCAGGUGUCGCAAGAAGUCCCAGAAAACUGUCAAGAAUGGAUAGGAGGAAAGAUGGCCCAAAACGGAUUAGAUCAUUACGUGUACAAAGUCGGGAUAGCAUUUAACACAGAAAUAUUUGGAACUUUUCGCCAAACCAUAGUUUUCGACUUUGGAUUGGAACCAGUACUCAUGCAAAGAGUAAUGAUUGAUGCAGCUUCUACAGAAGAUCUUGAAUACCUGAUGCAUGCAAAGCAGCAGUUAGUAACCACAGCCAAGCGCUGGGAUUCUUCUUCUAAGACUAUUGUAGAUUUUGAACCUAAUGAAACUACUGAUUUGGAGAAGAGCCUUCUUGUCAGAUACCAAAUCCCCCUCUCUGCCGACCAGCUGUUCACCCAGUCCGUUCUAGACAAAUCCUUGACCAAGAGCAACUACCAGGCCCGCUUGCACGACCUCCUUUAUAUCGAGGAAAUCGCCCAGUACAAAGAAGUCAGCAAGUUCAACCUUAAAGUGCAGUUGCAGAUUCUAGCAAGCUUCAUGCUCACUGGUGUGUCUGGAGGUGCCAAGUAUGCUCAGAACGGGCAGCUCUUUGGUCGCUUUAAGCUCACUAAAACACUUUCUGAAGAUACGUUGGCUGGACGGCUGGUGAUGACCAAAGUCAGUGCCGUGUAUCUAUUGCCAGUCCUGAAGGAGAGGCAAGUCCAGACCCAGGGAACCAAAGAGAAGGCGUAUGAAGCUACUAUUGAAGAGAAAACAAAAGAGUAUAUAUUUUUAAGGAUAUCCAGGGAAUGUUGUGAGGAGCUGAGUCUUCGGCCUGACCAUGAUGCACAGGUUGAACUUCAGUUUCAGUUAAAUCGGUUACCCCUCUGUGAAAUGCACUACGCGCUGGACAGGAUCAAGGAUAACGGGGUUUUAUUUCCAGACAUCACCAUGACACCAACCAUACCUUGGAGUCCCAACAGACAGUGGGAUGAACAGUUAGACCCUCGUCUAAAUGCCAAGCAGAAAGAGGCCGUUCUGGCCAUCACAACGCCACUCUCCAUCCAGCUGCCCCCUGUCCUCAUCAUCGGCCCCUACGGGACAGGCAAGACCUUCACCCUUGCUCAGGCCGUCAAGCACAUCCUCCAGCAGCCUGAGACCAGCAGGAUUCUCAUUUGCACCCAUUCUAAUAGCGCUGCUGAUCUCUACAUAAAGGAUUAUUUACAUCCAUAUGUAGAAGCAGGCAACCCUCAGGCGAGACCUCUCAGGGUAUAUUUCAGAAAUCGCUGGGUAAAGACUGUUCACCCAGUCGUGCAUCAGUACUGUUUGAUCUCAAGCGCACAUUCCACCUUUCAGAUGCCACAGAAGGAAGAUAUUCUUAAGCACCGCGUGGUGGUGGUGACAUUGAAUACUUCCCAGUACCUCUGUCAGCUGGACCUGGAACCCGGGUUUUUUACGCACAUUCUGUUAGAUGAAGCUGCCCAGGCCAUGGAGUGUGAAACCAUUAUGCCUCUAGCAUUAGCAACGAAGAGUACUCGGAUUGUGCUGGCCGGAGACCACAUGCAGCUCAGUCCUUUCGUUUACAGCGAGUUUGCCCGGGAGAGGAACCUGCACGUGUCAUUACUUGAUCGACUCUAUGAGCAUUACCCUGCCGAGUUCCCGUGCCGGAUCCUCCUGUGCGAGAAUUACCGCUCUCACGAAGCUAUCAUCAACUAUACCUCUGAGCUCUUCUAUGAGGGCAAAUUGAUGGCCAGUGGAAAGCAACCAGCACACAAGGACUUCUACCCACUAACUUUUUUUACAGCACGAGGGGAAGAUGUACAAGAAAAAAAUAGCACAGCUUUUUAUAAUAACGCAGAGGUAUUUGAAGUAGUGGAGCGUGUGGAAGAGUUACGAAGGAAGUGGCCAGUAGCGUGGGGGAAGUUGGAUGAUGCCAGCAUCGGCGUGGUGACCCCGUACGCUGACCAGGUGUUCAGGAUACGGGCGGAGCUUCGGAAGAAGAGACUCUCCGAUGUGAAUGUAGAGCGCGUGCUGAAUGUUCAAGGAAAGCAAUUCAGAGUUUUGUUUCUUAGCACAGUACGUACCAGGCAUACUUGUAAACAUAAACAAACCCCAAUUAAAAAGAAAGAGCAACUGCUGGAAGAUUCCACCGAGGACCUGGAUUAUGGUUUCUUAUCUAAUUACAAGCUUCUCAAUACUGCCAUUACCAGAGCACAAUCUUUGGUGGCCGUGGUGGGUGAUCCCAUUGCCUUGUGCUCCAUCGGAAGAUGCAGGAAAUUUUGGGAGCGGUUUAUUGCCCUGUGUCAUGAGAAUAAUAGCCUGCACGGAAUCACUUUUGAACAGAUCAAAGCUCAGCUAGAGGCUUUAGAACUAAAGAAGACGUAUGUGUUGAACCCACUGGCACCUGAAUUUAUCCCCCGGGCCCUCAGACUGCAGCAUUCAGGAAAUGCCAACCGACUGCAGCAGUCCCCCCCCAAGGGCAAAAGCCUUCAUACUCCAAAUGACCAUUUCCAGAGUGAUGGGAUUGUUCAGCCCAACCCUUCCGUGCUUAUCGGCAACCCUAUCCGAGCCUACACUCCUCCACCUCCUCUCGGACCUCACCCAAAUCUGGGGAAAUCUCCAAGCCCCGUGCAAAGAAUAGACCCCCACACUGGGACAAGUAUUCUCUACGUACCUGCUGUCUAUGGAGGGAAUGUAGUUAUGUCGGUGCCUUUACCUGUACCAUGGACAGGAUACCAGGGUAGGUUUGCAGUUGAUCCUCGAAUCAUCACGCACCAGGCGACCAUGGCGUACAACAUGAACCUGUUGCAGACACACGGGCGGGGCUCUCCUAUCCCGUACGGCCUUGGGCAUCACCCGCCUGUCAGCAUAGGGCAGCCGCAGAGUCAGCCUCAGAGUCAGCCUCAGGAAAAGGAGCAGCUUGAGCAGAGUCGAAACGGUAAAAGUGAUACAGGUAAUCCUGGACCCGAAAUUAGUAAGAUUCGAACACCAGAGAAAAAAUCUACAGAAUCAAAACAGAUGGACUCGGAAUCGAACCCACAGAACAGAAGCCCGGAAGCCCGGCCCGGUGUCGUGUACCCCGCUCCCAAAUUUCACCGCAAAGAGAACCUCAACCCCAGGCACAUCCCCCUCCCGCUGCCCGCGCCCCCCGCACAGUACGCUGUGCCCGGUCGCCACUUCCACCCGCUGGCCCCGCUGCCGCGGCCCCCGUUCUCCGUCCCACAGCAGCACGCCUUGCUGGGCCAGCAGCAGCAGCAGCAGCAGCAGCAGCAGCAGCAGCAGAAUCACUUGCCCGAACAACCAAAUCCAAUACCCCCGCCACCAAGUCAGGGAGUCCCGCCGCAGAAUCCGUUGAACCAGCUGCCACCACCGCCACCGCCGCCGCCCCAGCUGUCGCCUGCCUACCCAGCAGGACCCAACGGCGCUUUUUUUGGCAACCCGGUUUCUCAUCGGCCACAGUCCCCGCCUGCAGAGGCCGGGAUGCCCGAGCAGCCCCCGCCCCUGCUGCAGGACAGCCACAGCCCUCUGCGAGCCGUCCCGCAGCCCGGCCCCCUCCUCCCUUCACACCUGAACAACUUCCCGGAGGAGAACCCCGCAGGCUUGCCCCUCGGGGAGGCCCUCGAUCGCAUGCACGGGACUGUGGCUCUGGAAGCCUUGCGGCAGCAGCACAUGCGGCUGCAGCAGUGGGGCGAGCAUCCUGCCUACCUGAGUCAGGGGAGUCUUUCGUAUCCCCACCCUGCCCACCCGCACCCUCACCUCCAGCACCUUCCCCAGCCUCCCCUUGGACUGCACCCGCCGCCCCUGAGGGGCGACUGGAAGCUUCACAGCAGUGCCGAGGAAGAAGCCGAAGCAGUGGACCCAAGGUUCCAAGACCUAAUCAGAGAACUGUCUAAUCGCGACCCAAGCGAGACCCGGGAACUGGCUGAAAUGCCGCCACCUCAAUCAAGACUGUUGCAGUAUAGACAAGUGCAGACUAGGAGCCCACCAGCAGCCCCAGCUCCCCCGUCCAGUGCAGACCACAGUAGCCACUUCCCUAACUUUCCCGACAGCAGCAGAGACGUUGAAGUAGCCAGCAGCCCGGCCUUCCCACCGCGCCUACCGCCCCCGCUCCUCAGCUCGCCCUUCUCAUUGCCAUCCGAACACCUUGCCCCUCCUCCCUUGAAAUACCUGGCGCCCGACGGAGCGUGGACUUUUGCUAACUUGCCGCAGAAUCACCUGAUGGGGCCGGGUUUCCCCUAUGGCCUACCUCCAUUGCCUCACAGGCCGCCACAGAACCCUUUUGUACAAAUCCAGAACCAUCAACAUGCUAUCGGUCAAGAGCCAUUUCACCCAUUGUCAUCUCGAACGGUAUCUUCUUCUUCGCUCCCUAGCUUAGAAGAGUAUGAACCCAGAGGACCUGGUCGGCCCUUGUACCAAAGAAGAAUAUCCUCUAGCUCAGUGCAGCCUUGUUCUGAAGAAGUGAGCCCUCCUCAAGACGGUCUUGCUCAGCGGAAAGAGCUUCAGGACCACGAGAACCCGCCUCCUUUCAGCUUCUCAUCCCCAGAGUCCUGGGCCAACACCACCUCAUCUUCCCCCUACCAGAACAUUCCGUGCAAUGGAUCGAGCAGGGCGGCUCAGCCCAGAGAGUUGAUAGCUCCGCCCAAGACUGUCAAACCCGCCGAGGAUCCGCUGAAGUCCGAGACGCUGGACGUGGCCAGUCCCUUCAACUAUAACGUGCUGCAGCGCCUCGGCCAGUUCCCCCCGCUCAUGCCCCACAAGCAGCUCGCGGAGUCGGCCAGCAGCAGCGGCCAGCAGAGCGCGGCGCCUGGCAAGCCGGCCAUGUCCUACGCCAGCGCUCUACGCGCGCCCCCCAAGCCCAGGCCCCCGCCCGAGCAGGCCAAGAAGGGCAGCGACCCGCUGGCCCUGUUCCAGGAACUCAGCCUGGGCAGCGCAUCGGGCGGCAGCGGCUUUUACUCCUAUUUUAAAUGAUCACUUCUUUUCUUUUCUUUUCUUUUCUCUCUCUUUUUUUUUCUUUUUUUUCUUUUUUUUUUUUUUUCUGCCAGGGUGGACGUUUUCAUUUCUGUUUGUAUCCAUAGAAUUAAGAUAGCUGGACCUCACCUGUAGAUGCGCCUUCUUCUUCGUUUUCAUAUUAAAUCUGUUUCUCACUUAAUUGCUUUGCUGCUAGUCUUGCAACUAAUUUUUUAAGAGUAUAUUCCAUUAUUUUGCAUUUUCAACGUGAUGGAAUUUUGACAGCUUUUAUGUAGAAUAAAAAAAAUAUUUUUAAAUUUGUGUAUUGUUACAUAUGUUUGCAUCAAGCUAGCAGCUAAGAGGUUAAUUGUGCAACUAUGAAAAAAAAAAACAAGAAAAAAGUUUGUCUAAAAUGUAUUUAAAAAGAAAAAAAAUUGUAAGUAGCAUUUACAUUUAUUCAAUAAUAUUACCAUUCGCUGGGUUUCUGUACCAGAAAUGGCCAGUUGAUGUACAAAUGUAUGUUAUUUUUGCUUAAAUUCAUUUAAAAAUUUUUUUUAAAUAAAGGGGCAGCAUCUUCUAAAUACUUUAAGUUUUAUCAGCUGUUAUUUUUGGUGACAGGAUGCUGCAUUCUAAAACUUUUGUAGUUUUAGACCAAGUGUGACGUCCUGGAGGUCACUCGCCUCAUGUUGCUUUGGGACAAGCUCUACUUGCAGCUUGUUUUCAACAGAAUUUGAUAGUUUCUUUUUCUUCUUCUUUUAUUUUAUUUUUUUUAAAAAAAAAACAAAUCAUGAAGCUGAAAAACUUUUAGGAUUGUUGGUGCUUAGUAGACUUGAUAACUAUUUUAAAAAUGCGUGAAUUUAGUAAAAUCCUUCUCCCCCCCUCACUAUGCAUGUAUAAAUGUUUGUAAUUUGGCUUUUACCCACCCCCCAGACCCUCCAGUGGUAUAAAGAAUAUUGCCGCUUUAAAGAUUUUUUUAUUUCCCCCUCCUCCAGUAUAGUUUUGGUACCUGAUUUGAUGUUUACAUUAAAAUGUGACAUUAUCCAUGACA